ACAGUCAGCUGCUGUCACAUGGUUUGUGUUUGCAGGCUGAGCUGAGGGGAGGAGGAGUUUUGGAGAGAAGUUUGUGUAAGAGCAAACCUUGGUAUUCUUUCAUGUAGCCCCCUCAACAAGUAGUCGAGCUGCUUUGACCAAACAGCCUGCUAUGGAAAUUCCUGCCAUAAAUCUAAAGGCCAUAGUACUGGUGCACUGGCUGCUUACAAUAUGGGGAUGCAUGGCUUGGCUUCCCACCUCCUUUGCUUGGGGGAACUUCAGCGUUUUAGCUGUUGGGGUCUGGGCCAUUGCACAGAGGGACUCGAUCGAUGCUGUGCUCAUGUUUCUGAUGGGGAUGGUUGUGACGAUAUUGACCGACAUCAUCCAUUUUGGGAUCUAUUACCCGGCGAUUGACUUCACAACAGAAAUGGGAAGGGACGUGAUUCGCUUCAGCGCCGGAAUGGCCAUUCUCAGCCUGUUGCUCAAACCUGUAACCUGUUUCUUCGUCUACCAAAUGUACCGCGAACGUGGAGGAGAUUACAACGUUAACUUUGGUUUCCCCUCUGUAUCACGAAACAGAGAUGCCUACCAGUCCAUUGACCAGCAGGAUGAGUCUUCCAGCCCAGCCAAUCCCUUCAACCAGGCGCAGGACAGCAAACCAGGAGUCCGCACAUAUUGAGAGAACCAGGCGGUGAACAAUGCAGUGUUUUCCUCUGACUUUUUAUGCAGCAGUACAGUGCUUAGGGACAAUUUUUACAAUCAAUUCCACAUUGGACCCUGUGUUUUGUACAGUCGGCCUGCUGCAGAUUGUAGCACUGACAACAAAUUGAAUACUUUUUAUUCUCAGCUUUGUUUAGGUAUUAGAAUGAAAUAUGGCGUAAUUAAACCCAUUACAUGUUUUCUUCAAAGUUGGUAAAGAUUUUUGCUGAGCUGGCACAUCACUGCUAAAUAAAUACAGAAGACACACUGCUCCACCACUCUCAUGCUGUGUUACUGUUGUUUCUGACUACAAAUUUUAGAGAGGUAAUGAACGGAACGGUUUUGUCUGCAGCAGUUUUGUCAGUUUACUUUUUUCCAAGUGUGGCACUUACAGACAUUAAGAUUCUUGUCUGUUUCUCUUUGUGAUCUGUAAAUUAUUACGUUCUCCUUGUAUGCAGUAUGUAAUUAUUAUUUUCCAACUAGUCUUUGCUUUACGGCACAGCAACGCUUAAAGCUGGAACGUUUUUUUUUAACACAAGAGAACUGAAAUGAAAGUUCAAUGUCGUGCCCUAGAAGCUACCUUGUGCCUUUUGUACUUUUUCAAUAGUAAAAGCCUGUGAAAUCCUUUGACUGAGUUGAAGACAUGAUGACCAAAUUGAAGUUACAGGCCUUUCUUCUGAGCAAUAACUGAGCAAGAAAUGAGCAAGACCUUCAUAGUGCAGUGCAGCACACAGGCGGGCACUAUUCAUUUAUCUUGAUGUUGAUCUAUGCAAAGUCUGUAUUGAGAGUAUUGUCAUAUCUAACAUUGUUACUAUGAAAAACACAUAAAAACAUAUAGACUGUUUAUGAUCAGUUCACUACAUUUUCUAAAUUUCUUUCAAACCAUUUUGGAUGUAUCAUUCUUGUAUACUUUCACAUCAACUCUCAGUUUUAGUGUGCAAAUGUUGACAGCGGUUAGUGCGUAAGUCAGUUCUCUUUUGAAAGUGUUUCAAGUUUUGAGUUCCUGUUUUGAAAUCAUGAUGACCUACAUGACAGAACAGAGAUGUGGUAACUAUGUCUGUCACAUUAUUGUUAUGUGAAAUGAUCACUGCUGUAGUACCGGAGGCUCUUGAGUCAUACCGAUCAUAAGAGGCACCUUAUUUGCUUACAUACCUCAUGUAAUUAUAAUUUAAUUCAGUCAAUGCACAAUCCACACCCAGUGAGCCUUUAAGAACCCCUUACUAAAUCACUGCCACAUGGUGUGAUAACUUGGCAGAAUAACGCCACCAUGGAAAAAAAAAAGUCUGAAUUUACAACAGCAGUUUGUUGCACUUUUUAUGAUGUUAGACUAUAAACAAGCAUGUGCUGCCUGUUGCUUGCAGAUGAUUGUGGAUCGAUAAAGAUCUGCAGAAAGGCGACAACAUUGUUUCUGUAAUUCCGUUCAUAAUAAAACAUUUAAAAAGCUACAGUUUUACACCAGGAACACUGUAGGUAUGAAUAGGCAAUUCAGAAGGGUCUUUAAUUAAGCAAAAUGAUUAAUUACGUCCUGUAAGAGACUACUAAAAGAUCAUAUUUUACUGUAAAGUCAUCAUGUAGAGUUUAAACAAUUUCUAUUAUCUUGACACCUGUCUUAAAAGUACUGUAUGUAGUUUUUGACACAUAUUAACGUGUGAACGGGUUGUAACUAGGCUACACUUAAAAAAUGAAACCUUUCCCGACGUUAGCUUGCUGGCUAACGUUACCUUGCUUGCUAACACAGAUGAAAUGCUAGCUAGCUAACAUAGCAAAAUGCUUGCUGUUUGCAGGUUAUUUUGUUGGCUGGUAUUGCGGGGCGGCCGGAUACAUGCAGCAUGGCUGGGUUGUAGCUGGCUGGCUAAACAACGUAAUUGCUAGCAAAAUGCUAUCUGAGUGUAUAUGUUAUUUGGCUAGCUUGCCAAAGUACUUGACCAGGCGACUUGAUCCAUGAUACUAACUCAUGUAUUAAACAGUGCUGAUUUUAGCCAACAAUAACGAUUGCUUUCUACUAGCCUAGAGCGAUGCAAGGCAACUAGCUAAUUCAUAACUGAAGCUAAACUGGGGUUGGCCAGCUGGAUGUGGCUUGGCUGCGUGGUGUAGGUCUGGCGUUGGUUGCUUCGUGGUGUUGGCUGAUGGGGUGAUUUGCAAACAGCAAGUUUGUUAGUAUCAUGCCAAUGGUCCAAAUAAAAUAUAGGAACAUUACAAAUAGUAACAUUAUUCUAAAUAUGGUUGUAAUUUAUUUUCCGGUAUUCAGUGUUAAUUUCAGCAUUCAGUCUUGUGUAUGUCACUUUUGGCCGAUGCCUAAGACAAAGCGCGAGCAGGAUGCUGACUGCAGUUCACUUAACGGCCAAAGGCGUCAUUAUUAACAAAGGUUUUCUGAAAGGUUUUACAUAUAGACCCUUUAAAUAUUAUUUUUCUUGGAAACUGUAGAAAAUAUCUAACAUGACAAGAAAAUGUAUGCUGCUGUUUUUUUCUCAUGCUGGUUCAUUUGCUUCAAGGAUUCUCCUGAAAAGGUGGGCAUAUCCUAAAAUAAUGCAGCUGCUUCAACUUAAUGUCUCUUGCUCUGAGAAGGAAUGGAUUUGAAAGGUGCAAGGUUAGAUUACUUUAAAAAGGCAGAGACUGUUACUACUACUGAAAUCUAGUUUUCACUAAAUUAAGCUUAUAAGAGAAAACAUGAAAGAUGUGGGCUGCAUGUUUUCAUGAAAAUACUGCAGCUCUGCCUAAAUUGUGGAUAUUUCCAAAUGUUAUUUGUAUGACUGGUCAUAUUUACCACACUUUGUUUUGGUUUUCUAACAUGAGAGUGUUUGUUGUUGUCAGGAUUUUUCAUUUCAAGGUUGCUUCUGAUUUGACAAUUUAUGUGGCAAGUUAUUUUUUUCCAUAAAAAUAAAGAACAACGAUGUAGAA